GGUGCGCCUGGAGCUGGUGCUCAAGGACCCCACGGACGAGAGCUGCGUGGAGUUCAGUUACCCGGAGCUGCUGCUGUGCGGGGAGCAACGGAAGAAGCUCAUUCAAACAGAAGAUCCAUUUAAUGAUGAACAUCAAGAGAGGCAAGAAGUGGAAAUGUUGGCUAAGAAGUUUGAAAUGAAAUAUGGUGGGAAACCCCGUAAGCACCGGAAGGAUCGGCUACAAGAUUUAAUUGAUAUAGGCUUUGGCUAUGAUGAGACAGAUCCAUUUAUUGAUAACUCAGAGGCUUAUGAUGAAUUAGUUCCUGCUUCUCUAACAACAAAAUACGGAGGUUUCUAUAUCAAUACUGGCACGCUGCAGUUUCGCCAGGCUUCAGACACUGAAGAAGAAGAAGUUACAGACAACCAAAAGCACAAGCCACCCAAAUGUGAUCCAGGGACUGACUUGUACCAGAUGUUUGUUAAGAAUGCAAAUUGGGUGGCCCUACCCCAGACAACUGAAUCAAAACCAGAGGUUCCCAAAGUAAAAGAAGAUGAUAUUGAGAUGAAGAAGCGCAAGCGGAAAGAGGAAGGGGAAAAGGAGAAGAAGCCAAGGAAAAAAGUACCCAAGCAACUGGGAGUUGUAGCUCUGAAUUCACACAAGUCAGAGAAGAAGAAGAAACGUUACAAAGAUUCUCUUUCUCUUGCUGCCAUGAUACGAAAGUUCCAGAAAGAGAAGGAUGCACUAAAGAAGGCGUCUACCCCGAAAGCCCCGGUGCCCUUCGUGCCCGCCCCUGUGCACAAAGCGCCCUGUGCCUCUGCAGCGCUGGGGAGUGACGCCCAGGACAUGAGUCUGAGCAGCGCUGACCCAGACCUCCCCAUUUUUGUUAGCACAAAUGAACACGAGCUCUUUCAGGAAGCUGAAAAUGCCCUAGAGAUGCUGGAUGAUUUCGAUUUUGACAGAUUACUGGAUGCUGCUUCUGAUGGUAGCCCCCUGUCUGAGUCUGGGGGAGAGAAUGGAAACACUGCCCAGCCAACCUACACCUCUCAGGUGAUGCCCAAGGCGGCACCUACACUCCCAGAGGGCCUACCCGUUCUUCUUGAAAAGCGCAUUGAAGACCUCCGUGUAGCUGCCAAACUUUUUGAUGAAGAAGGAAGGAAAAAAUUCUUUACACAAGAUAUGAAUAAUAUUCUUCUAGACAUUGAGUUACAGCUACAAGAACUAGGCCCUGUUGCCCGUAGUGGUGUCUACUCCCACCUGGAAGCUUUUGUGCCGUGCAAUAAAGAAACCCUGGUAAAACGGCUAAAGAAAUUACAUCUCAAUGUCCAGGAUGAUCGUUUAAGAGAACCUCUGCAGAAACUGAAGCUGGCUGUUAGCAAUGUCAUGCCUGAGCAACUGUUUAAAUACCAGGAGGACUGCCAGGCUCGCAGCCAGGCCAAGUGUGCCAAGUUGCAGACAGAUGAAGAACGGGAGAAAAAUGGAUCCGAGGAAGAUGAUGAUGAGAAACCAGGGAAACGUGUCCUAGGACCAAGAAAGAAAUUCCACUGGGAUGACACCAUUAGAACUUUGUUAUGUAACCUUGUUGAGAUCAAAUUGGGAUGCUAUGAGUUAGAGCCAAAUAAAAGCCAGUCUGCUGAGGACUAUCUUAAAUCCUUCAUGGAGACAGAGGUGAAGCCCCUGUGGCCCAAGGGCUGGAUGCAGGCGAGAAUGCUUUUUAAGGAAAGCCGGAGUGUGCAUAAUCAUCUCACUUCUGCUCCGGCAAAGAAAAAGGUGAUUCCUGCACCUAAACCCAAAGUAAAGGAGUGUAGUCCGAAAAAGGACCAGAAAGCUCCCGCAGCCUUGGUGGCUUCCGCUGGGGGUCCUUCGGCAAGCCCCAGCACCCCUGCCGCCGCGCCUGUCGUCUCCAGCUCCACACCAGCCCAGGAGACCAUCUGCCUCGACGACUCGCUGGACGAAGACCUUUCUUUCCACUCGCCGUCACUGGAUCUUGUUUCCGAAGCUUUAGCUGUUAUCAAUAACGGGAACAAGGGCCCUCCCGCUGGCUCAAGGGUAAGCCUGCCAACUGCGAAACCUCGUUCAGGACUAAGAGAAGAAAAAUUAGCAAGCAUCAUGAGUAAGCUGCCACUCGCAGCUCCCAAAAAACUGGACUCCUCUCCGACUGCACACUCGUCCAGUCUUAUAGCCGGUCACACAGGGCCAGUACCAAAGAAACCCCAGGACUUAGCUCACACUGGCAUCUCUUCAGGCCUUAUUGCUGGGUCUUCGAUUCAGAACCCGAAAGUUUCCUUGGAACCUCUGCCAGCCAGGCUGCUUCAGCAAGGACUACAGCGGUCAAGCCAGAUUCAUGCUUCCUCCUCGUCACAGACUCACGUCUCCUCUUCUUCCCAAUCCCAAGCUGCUGCCUCCUCUCAUGCUCUGGGAACAUCGGAGGCCCAAGAUGCUUCUUCGUUAGCGCAAGCCACAAAGGUGCACCAGCACUCAGCUGUCCCGCAGAACUAUGUGUCUCCACUGCAAGCAACCAUUAGUAAAUCCCAGACGAACCCCGUGGUGAAGCUGAGUAGUAACCCCCAGCUCUCCUGUUCAGCCCCGCUCAUGAAGACUUCAGAUAAGCCGCUUGUGUACCGCCUUCCUCUGUCUACCCCUUCACCUGGAAAUGGCUCUCAAGGGUCCCACCCCCUGGUUUCCAGGACAGCACCUAGCACCACUACCUCCAGUAACUAUUUAGCCAAGGCAAUGGUGUCACAAAUCUCCACGCAGGGUUUCAAAUCUCCCUUCUCAAUGGCUGUGUCCCCAAAACUUGCGGCGUCUCCUAAACCUGCCACGUCUCCUAAACCCUUGCCCUCACCUAAGCCUUCUGCCUCGCCUAAGCCCUCUCUGUCAGCUAAGCCUUCAGUAUCAACUAAACUUAUUUCUAAAUCCAACCCAGCUCCCAAGCCUACUGUAUCCCCGACUUGUUCGAGUCCAAAUGCACUAGUAGCCCAGAGCAGCCACUCCAGCAGUAACAACCCUGCUCAUAAACAGCCCGGGGGGGUGAACGUCAGCAGACAGUCCCCCACCUUGAAUUUGUUGCCCCCUAACCGCACUGCAGGCCUUCCGUCUACAAAAAAUCUUCAGGCCCCUUCAAAGAUAACAAACCCGUCAUCCACCGGAACUGUUGGGAAGAGCAGCUUGAGUGGAACUGCAGUACAUGUACCUGCCAGCAGAGGUAGCAGCCAUAACUCGAGUGGAGCGAAUAGGACUAGUCUGUCUGGGGGAACAGGAAGUGGAACACAGGGUGCUGCUAAACCGUUGUCUACUCCACACAGACCGUCGUCUGCCUCAGGGUCUCCAGUGGUGACAGCCAGUGUGCAGUCCACAGCAGGAGCGCCAUUGUUGGCUAAUGCCUCACCCCUGACUCUCAUGACGUCACCUUUGUCUGUAACCAAUCAGAAUGUGAGUCCUUUUGGGAUGCUGGGUGGCCUUGUUCCCGUCACCAUGCCCUUCCAGUUUCCCUUGGAGCUACUUGGCUUUGGAACGGACACAGCUGGAGUGACAACCACCUCGGGAUCUACCUCAGCCGCUCUCCACCAUAGCCUAACUCAGAAUUUACUAAAGGGUUUACAGCCAGGAGCUCAGCAUGCAGCACCACUUUCCCACUCACCUCUGCCUACACACUUACAGCAAACAUUUCAUGAUGGAGGCCAAAGUAAAGGGGACACUAAAUUACCACGGAAAUCUCAGUGACUUCCCAGCAAGCAAAGGAGACGAAACAUUUAGUUGGCUGAUGGAAUCUACCUGAUGGGAAAGUACUUUUGUGGUCAUAGGGCUGCUGUUUCUGUCGAUGUUUACAUUCUCGUCCCAAGCACUGUGGUGAGGAAGAAAAAGAAAAGAAAACAUUACUUGAGCAAAGCCAGGUGCAGGAGAAGAAAUGCUUUUGUGCAAAGUUAGUGACCUUCAGUCUCUUGUAAAGAAAGACAGAGUUACCAUAUUAACUGACUUGAAAGAGACUCAGUUGUCAAACCCACAGAAGUACAAGUUUGAUUUUCCCCUGGGGGGAGGAAGAAGGAGGUUGAGAGGAUUUGGGUAAACUCCAUCCAUCUUGGGGGUUGGCUCUGAAUAAUCAUAGACAUAACUGCAUAAUUAAAGGCAAUAUAUCUGGAAUUAGGCCAAUUUGUCAGGAGUAAUGAUCAUGUCUGUUGAAGUGGAUUAUGUAGCAAAUUUGCCACCAAAAAAAAAAAAAAAAAAAAAAAAAAUUGGCCCUGUGUUUGAAGCAGCCAGUAGCUGAGAAAUAGUGUGCCCUCGGCGGUCCUGAGCAGACCCGAGUCUUCUCCGGCCUGUGGCAGCUCCUCGCGUGCGUCACGUGCUGCAGAUGCUUCUGGAACGUUAUUUCAGCACAGCGAUUUUUAAAAAGUCAGGAAAUUGAGCCUGUUGCUCUUAACAGGAGAAACCUAGGUGUCCCUUUUUGUGAAAGGGUCAGUUUCAUCUUCCGUUUAGAAGCAGGUACUUCACGCCCCCUUCAGGUGAUUUGUGCAUCUGGUAUUGACUGCUUAAUUAUUAUUUCCAUUUUGGAUGCUAAAAUGUGACUGUGCUCACAUUUUCCUCUUGAGAAAUGGGAAUUUUUGGUAUAGGGCUAAUGCUUUUUUACUUAUAGCCCUUGCAAGGUUACCAACAUGAGCUGUAAAUUUCCCGCAAAUUCACCUCACUCCAUGACUUUUUUUUUUUAGCUAGUGGCACUUCAGGCAGUUAUUAACUAUUGAUAGAAACAGCUAAAAGUAUGUAGUACAUACUUGUAUGCUGCUUUGUUGGUCAUUCAAAUGGCAUAUAUAGAUUUUUUUUAAUUUUAAGAUGGUAUUUUAAAGGGAGGAAUGAAUUAUGUUAGUAUCAUUAUGUAUACAAGGGGUUAUAUUAAAGCAAUCAUAAUGUAUUUUUACUCCCUGUAUCCAUCGCAGUGAAAUUGAAGCAUUUGGGAUCUUAAAGCUUUACUAGUAUUUACUCAGAAUAUUGAUACACAAGUAAACCUGCAGAUGUGCUACCUUAGCUGUAGCCUCUUUAUGCAAAGAGCAAAGACAACAAAGGAUGCUAAGGGAAAGACUUAGUUCUCUUUAGAUACAUUUUAUAUGAUUUUCCCCCUCAUCAUCAGUCUCUUUCAAACUAAUGAAUAUUUUCUAACUAUACGCAAGAAUGGUGUAAGCUCUAAAUGAUGUAAUCUUGUCCAUUUAUCACGAUAGACUAACUAAAAAAAUAGCCUUAGACUGGUAAUAGCAAGAUUUCUAGCGUUUUUCAUUAUACAUUACCCUACACCAGCAAACGGGAACUUUUUUCUGCCAAGGGCCACAUGGAUAUUUAUAUCAUUCAUUGAGCAUUCAAAAUUAUCAACUUAAAAGUUAGCCAGCUAUAAAUGGACUCAGUUUCAACUCUGCCGGUUGUACCUUGGCAGGGCCAGGCCAAAUGAUUUUUGCGGGCCUUAUACGGCCCAUGGGUCAGAUAUUCCCCACACCAGCCCUACACUGUUAAGCUUAUUCAAAUCGAGAGUAUUACCAGGCCCAUUUCCCUUUAAUAAAUAAAAGUCUCAGCCUAUAGGACUGUGAAUAAGUAACUUUAGAUCUGUUCAGAUCUUUAUUCCUGUAUUUUGACUUCCAAGUCACAUUGGCUUGCUUCAUAGCAAAAAAAAAAAGGGGGGGGGGUUAAUAAAUAAGUGAAAACUUUAGUUCCAAAAAUUUGUUGCCGUUGGGGAAAGGACUAUUUCAAAAGAAUUGAUUAAAUUUCUUGACUAAGGAUUUAGUGUCCCAGUACCACAGGUCGGGGUGUUGGAUCAACCCCAGCAGAACUUACAGAGCAGUACUGGGUGUGUUGAGGCUUGACUUGAAUUCAGUGUUUCUGAUUAGGUUUUUAAUUUGGGAAGUGUACUCAGUUCUUGGUUUCUUGUGAUUUAGUAGGCUUCUUGCUUUCCUCUUUGCAAAUACCACCUGGGAAGUGACGGGGGCUUUCCUUCAGAAGAGUAACCUUGGUUUCCAUCUCUUCCCGUCUAACUGCACACACACCUGUGUAUACGUAGGUGUGUGUGCAUACACACUAAUAUAGAUGCAUUGGUAGUAUUAAAAUCAAGGAAUAAUCACUUUAGUUUCUUAAACCCAUCAAUUUUAAAAAAGAGUUAUUUAUUUGAAAGGCAGAGUUACAGGAUCUUCCAUCUGCUUAUUUACUCCCCAAAUGGCCACGAUGGCCAGGGCUGGGCCAGACAGAAGCCAGGAGCUUCUUCCUGGUCUCUCUUGUGGGUGCAGGGGCUCAAGGACUUGGGCCAUCCUCCACUGCUUUCCCAGAUGCAUUAGCAGGGAGCUGGAUUGGAAGUGGAGCAGCCGGGACUCAAACCGGCAGCCGUUGAGAUGCCAGCUCAACCCGCUGUGCCACAGUGGCGACCCCGGGACCCAUCAGUUCUGGAUCAUGCCAUAGGAAGUUCUCUGACUGUCAUCACUAGAAAAGGAAUGGGCUUGUCCGUUCUCCUCUCCGAUCACUUUGUGCUAACUAACCAGGACAGAUAACCAGAGGCCCUGAGGCUGAGACUGUAACACGGGGAGUUCCUUUCACUGUCCUCAGUCUUGAUCCCUUGAAGACUGCUAGCAGUCGGAUUGCACUUGAGCAGCCUCCCCGAGGUUCCUGGCCAUCUCGCAUCCACUUCCGUCAAGACAUCCUUCUGUGUUGUAUAAAUCGGGCAGACCCUCUUGUCUUUCUUUAUAGAUAGGAUAUGAUCAGAGUUUCUACAUGUAAAUACAAGCCUAUUUCUUUCUAGAUCAUAACAUUGAAAAUGGUGUCCAUCCUUUAUGGUCACCCACCUUUACGGUUUUUAUUACUAAUAACAUAAAUUGGUUAUUUUUUAGCACAGAGACUUGUGACUCAUACUGUAUUUUUGCACUUAAAAUCAAAUUAUGUUAUUUUUUAAAAUGGUGAAUAAUUGGAAAGGAUAUCUAUAGAUCAAUGUGUAUUUCUAAAGAGCAUUAGCAACAUCCAAAUGCAAGAAUUGUCAGCACACUUAGUUAUAUCCCACUCAGCGGGAUUCUUGAUUCAGGAAAAUGAAGCUGUUUGUUUCCGACUGUCUUCUGUUUUCAGUUGCCUUCAUGAUAUAUAAGCUGUUCCUGUGUGUACAGUUAAUCCUCAGUAUUCACAAGCAAUAAUGGCCACAGCAUUGUCCUCAGGUAGCAGUGCUGGGCCUGGUGGGAGACUGUUGGGAGCAAAGUGUCAAGCUCAUUCAGAGCCUCCUAAAUAAAUGCAAGCAAUAAUUGCCGGAAGUCAGUUAGAAUUGUUUUGCAUAUGCUUCUGACAUCAGAGGGUAAAAGAAAUCAUGACUUUAAGACAGCCUGAAGGAAGAGGUUUUGGGAAAGACGUGAGAUUAACUCGUAGUCACAGAUCCUGGUGGUGCUGAGGGAAUCAGAGAUCGUGCUAGCACAUUCUUUUGUGCCCACCACCCCUUUGAUGGAUGUAGUAAGCCCAAAUUAGGUAUUUUAUAUAUAUAUAUAUAUAUAUAUAUAUAUAUAUAUAUAUAUAUAUAUCAUUGACAUUGAGUAGAGUUUAUUGGAUCACCAAGGUAAGGGGAAGAGCCAGGCACAUGACAUAUUUGAAUACUGUGGGUUUGACACCUGUUGGAAAACAACUUCUUGCAACUGAUUUUUAACCCAGGAUAUUUUUUUUCCAAAGCAGAUCUAAAUUGUUUACUACCCAGGGAUGGGGAGGGCAGGCGCCUUGAGUCUUUCUGCCCUGGUUGCCCUGUCCCGCAGCCCUUUCCACCCCUGCUUGGCUCACAAGACGUUUUCUGACAUGAAAUUCUACUGUUGUCCAAACUGCCGCCCCCGCCGGGAGCCCGUGUCCUGGGAUCGUCUCUAGAAGGCCGGCUCCCGCCGCGUGCGCUGCUCCGCUGUGAGAUGAGCUCGCUGUGCCGCUGCUUUCGUUGGCAGCUCUUCAUCUGCAGGAGACUUGAGCGUGCAGUCCGCCCCACGUCUCGCUGAGGGUCCUUACGUUAGGCGGGUACCACGCAAGCGCACUGGUCCCUGUGUGGUUUCUGUCAUUUAAGUGUGGAAGUCGUGCUUGCUUUUUGUUUGCUUGUUGGGUUGGUUUGGUUUGGUUUGGUUUGGUGUUGAAAUUGGAACCAGAAGCAUGGGAAGGGGCAGUGAGCAGGAGCAGUUGAGCAUGGUCCUUGUGUCUCAGCUCCGCAGCUUCUGCUGGCCUGACGCUCCCAGAGGGGCACCCUCACUCUGCUGUGCACGCAGGGUUGUGCGUUUGGUUUUGUUUGGUUUGGCUUUUUGCUGGGGGAGGGCUUUGAUUUUCAUAAUAAUGUUGCAGGAGAAAAGUGCAGUAGUAGACAAUGCUGAUCACAAACAUGGUAUGCAAUUUUAUUUUACAGAGUUUAAGGGGAAAAGUUGGACUCUUUGUGAAUUGUCUCUUAGCUCUGAUAAAUGCUUAUAUCGCUUCUCUAAAACAUGCUCAGUUCAGGCCUUUGUCUUUGUUAAGUGCCUUUUUUUCUUUCUUUUUUCUGCUCUUUAAAAGCUGUUCUCAGAUAUCCUAAAGUACAGACUAACUAGUCAGGGGGUUCAGGAAGAAGAAUCUCAGACUUGCCAACGUCCUGUCAUGCUGUGAUGUUCUUCCUUUCCUGCUGUGUACAGACAUAAAUGUAAGAUGCAUCCAUAUAAACCAGUAGAUGCUGUACCGUUGUGUGCUCUCGAAGAACUCCCCUGGCAGCGUUGCGAAACUUUGGCCUUGUUCGUUCCAUUGCUUUUCGCUGGUUAAAAUGUGUGGGUUGGGGGAUUUUCUUUCCACAGAUGCUGUCUUCCCCCUUGAAUAUAUAUCUGUAGCAGUUAACAAAAAGAUGUGUGUGUGUGCACGUGCGCGUGUGUGCGAGGGUGUGUGUAUGUAUCGGUUAUACGAUGUAUGUAUACACACGUAGAUGUGUUGUUUAUUCCAAGUCAGAUAACCUUAGUGGACGCUUAGCUGCUCCUGGGUGUGGCCCGCUGCCCGUGCCCUGCAGCCCGGCGUGAGCUGUGCAGGGAAGCGCUGGAGUAGCAAGCGUGUCUCGCGGGCCACCUUGCUAAGGUGCGCUCUGGCAGAGAGACUGAGCUUAGAGCCGCAGACCCCGGCCAGUCGGCAGCUCUGUCGACAUUAGAGACGUGUCCUGUUUUCUUCUGGGUAAUAACUUCUGAACAGUCCUACAGCUGGGUAUCUGUGAAGAUGCUGAUAAACCUAGAAGUAACUUCAGAUGCGGAGGAAAAUGCUCUCGGCGCUAGAGCGCUCCUGAGGGCUCUUCAGUCUUCGCUUUGCCAGAGAAUCACAGUAGACUUGGUUUAGAUUUCGCCCUUGAGCAAAAUAACCCAAUUUUCAGGAUCUAAGGUUCAUUUGUUUCUUAUUGAAAACAAAGAGAUGUGACAUGUUCAGGGAGACUCAGUUGAACCAAAUCUGAAAACCCAGGACAAAAACGUCAAACAAGUGUCCCCUUUUGAAUAGAAACGUCUAAUUUGGGAUAGGAGACUGAUCGCUGAAGAGAAAGCAGAGGCUCCUGGCAGCGAAACGUGCCCAGCGCUGGAGCGAGCUCCGGCAAUCCAUGUCGUGCCUCAGAGUACCCAUCCACAUUUGGGUAGAAUUACCCUCACCUACCUCCCAGGGAUAUCAGAGACUGUGCUAUUUCAAAAUAGCUUGAGUUUUUCUAAAAUGUCCUAUAUAAUUAAAAAUAGUAUUAUCUUCCUGCAGAGGCUGAAAAAUGAUCUCCUUAUAAUUAUAGGAUAUAGGAAGCACCCUACGAUUUUUAAGUUUAAAAGAAAUCACUGGAAUUCUAAUUUAGAUACAUAUUGUUAUUUAAACAUAUUGUAUUUGUGGUGGGAUAAAAUGGUUAGUUUCAGGUUAACAAGAGAAAUGACACUAAGUUUCUUCAUUAUAAGUAGUUUUUUUUGUGUGUGUGGUUUUUUUUAGCCUUUUAUGGUGUCAAUAAUUGUGACUUUUGCUGAGGUUGUGGGGCUCAAGUUAGAUAAAGUAUGGGUGACUGGUGUUUGGAGCUGAUAAAGGAUUGUGGAAGUUCUCUCUGCCUCACGUCACCAUCUUCCCACCCUCAUUCCUCGGUGAUGCAGGACUGGGCUUUCCACUGGGGGAGAGUGAACGGGAGUCUCAUUCACUGGCAAGCAGUGGCUCAGGCUGUGUCGCCCGCCUGCGUGUGGGCCUGUCCGGCUCUGUGCUGGGACAGGCAGCACACACGGCCAGGUCCACUGUCCUCAGUGCGGGAGAACGGCUCCCAGGAGGAAGUGAAGAAAACUUUACUGCGCUCUUCUUCCUGCAUGCUAAGUAGCAAAAUGCAGAGUUUUCCUGUUGUCGUUACAGACAGCAGCAGCAGGAAGGAUCGGGUGCUGAGCUGGGGUUGUUGGGUGUGUAGCUCAUGUCAGGGUCAGGAGAGAGAAUGUGGGCGGUGGGACGCGGAACAAGUCAGCAGCUCAAUGCUGAGCAGGAAGCUCCGGGCGGAGUUGGCCUGGGAUCCAGCUCCCAGGAGGGGCUCGGGCCCAGUUAAUCUCUAGAGACACAGUUUUGUUUUGUUUCGUUGUUUUAAAAUCACGGUUUGGUUUUCCCUUGCUUUUUCCAGAUGAGACCUUGGUGAGUAGCUUCUGAGUAUCUACUGCCCACAUAAACAUUCUUUAUUUGCCACAUUUCCCUUUUUUUCCAUUCUUUGUUGUUGUUGUUUUUUCCAUUCUUUUGAUAACAAAUGUUUAGACUUCUACCCAAAGAAACAAGACGAAGGAUUUUGUUGAAUGUGCUUUCUCUGGGGAAAAUUAACAGAAAAAUAAAAUAGAGAUAUUUUUAUGUUCAUCUAUCCUAAAAUGUGCAUUUUUUUUAUUUAAAAAAAAAACUACCAAUCGUCCCACUGGUUCACAACUGUAGUUAGUGUCAUGGAUGUCUUUGGGCUGCUGUGAUAAAAUCAUCCUGGUGUUUAGAAAGUUCUAGAUUCCAUGGCACAGUGUGCAGGCUUGACAAGCUGAACAAGUGAUGAGAUCCUAAUUACCAUAGCUUUGCAUAUUUGUGUUGAAUGUGUCCCCCUUUGCUCUCAUCUUCAUUCUUCUUCCCGUAGUGUGGGUGCCUAAGUUCACCCUCUCAUCCCCUGGUCGCUCCUGCUCCUGUCGUCCGCCGGGGCGGGGUGGGGGGGAGGCGUUUCCUCCCCCUCUAGCGGACGCCCUGCGCGCCUGCUGACCUGCACAGUGAGGCCUGCGAUCUGGGGGAGUCGCUGUCCCGACAGGGGUGCAGGCAGACCAGGAGGGUGGUCGCCAGACUGCCCGGGAUGACUUGAUGCUGUCACAGUUUUCCCACACACUCAGAGUACUAACUGAUUGGAAGUAGGUAUUUUUUAUCUUCAUUUAAUUUUCUUGGACUGUGAUAUUUCCACUUCUCAAUCUUUCCUGUUUCCAUUUCAGAGAGGGUUAAUACUUCAACGUUGGGCACUUUCUCAGUCUGUCACCCAGACAGGUCAAGAGUGUGUCUUGAAAUCUCAGCAGUGGAAGUGGGGUACGGGUCCCCAGUGGUCCUCACUGGCGCCGGGAGUUGUUUUUCUCUUCUUGACUCCGUUGCAGUGUAGUGUAGUAGCUGAGGUCGCUUCCUCGGGAUGCUUUUCAGGGUUGUUCAGAAGCAGUGCAGACCGCUGCGGGGGCUGUUACUUCUCGCCACAGGCGGCCUUGCGUGGCUCCAUGCUUCCUCUCUAAUAGGUCUGUUUUGCAAAGUCCAAGUCAAUAGGCCAGUUUUAUGUUCCUCAUUUCGCUAACAGUGGGACUCUGUUUUGAGUUUGACUUAUUAAACAUUUCAGAACAGAGUACUAGUGGAAGCCCCUUGUUAACCGUAGAUAACUUGGAAAUACUUCUGUUUUUGAAGUUAACAGCUCCAUGUCCUCAGAGCGCAUGAGCCAAGACCAGCCAGGAGCCUGUAGUCUGUGACAGCCUGCCCUAAAAUUAUCUCAGCUGUCUUGUGUUUUCUAGCCUUGCGACCAUAAACUCUCCUUUUUUGCUUAUCUCUGUUUUUGGCAGGGGUAGUGUACCCUCUGUCAGGAAAUUGGGGUUUCCUUCCUGCACCUGUAGAAACUCCCAAGGAUUAUUCCCAGUUUUGGCUAGAGGGAUUAGAAGAAAAAGAAGUUGUUCUCAGUUAACAGAGGUAUUACUGUCUCAGUGGUCAGGAGGAGGUCAGUCGUCAGUGUAAUCACACGCACCUCCGAGACCACCCGAGAGUCACGGGUGCUUUGCUCAGUACACGGAGAGUCCCAGCCCACGGGUGAUGUAAUGUCAGAGGGACCCGAACUCUGGACUCGCCUUUGUUGAUUGCCAUGAAACUUUACUUUAUCUUCAGAAGCGAUCAAAGAUACUAAGUUGCUUUUUAACGAGAGAGUGGUAAAUGAAGCUUUCCCUUGCUGUUUGCUUGUUGGCAUUCAUGAAAGAAGAGGAAAAUAAAUCUCUGCUGGUGAGCACUUGGCGCCCUGAGUGAUGUGUCAGAGUCAGUGCAGGUAGCUCUCGCUCAGUAUAAGCAAGAAGGAGUCGUCAGGAAACCGCCGAGCUGUUUGCUGCAGCGGACUGGAAACGGUGACUCUGGGUUUUAGCCAAGCCCUUAGCCUGCGUUUCCAUAAGGGCAGGACUCUCCUUAGGUAGCAGGAGGGAAGGCAGGGCGUGUCUAGACGGUAGCGUCCGUCCGCUCUCUGAGCAGCUCCCCCGGUAUACAUCUCCCUCUUCCUUAGCCACGCCCAUACUUGACAGAGGCCCCCCCCCCCCAUUGCAGAGCCAGUCCUGAAGCAAGGCGUCUAGAGGGUGGGCAGUCCUGUGGGUGGGGCACGAGUCACUGUACUGCGUCUCACUGCCUUGAAGUAGUGUGUGACUUCAUGUUUUGGGGUUGUUUUUCCUCCUUUAAAAACUGGACCUGAACACAAGCUUUGAGUUGAUAUUUGUAAUAAUCUCAGGACCUGAAAGAUUGUAGCAUUUAGUAUGUCUUAAAAAAUUAUGUACUGUACCAGCCAUGGAUUUUUGUAAAUAUACCUGUCUCCCUUUUUUGUAUUAUUUUAGUAAAAAAAUAAUAUUAAAUUUAAAUAAAAGGGGGUGGUGAUGACAGGUGAAUGGGUGUGGAUAUGUAUGUGUGUGUAUGCAUAAGGCUCUUUUGAGACAAACUGGUGCUCGUUAAAUUUUCCGGCUCAAACCAGAGCAGGAUAUGGACAAAGUGCUGCUACUGAACCCUGCACUGAGCCUCAGCGCCUCCGUUCUGACGUUCCCAGCGGCCGUCCCGCGCUGGCUGCCAGCAGUGGCUUCGCAGUCAGCCUCUCCCACUGCCGUCUUGCUUCUGCAGGUCCCUCACGCGGGCUUGGUGUGAAGUGCCCCCGACCUCCCAACUCCGGUUCUCAGAGAGUUCUUGUCGUCCUCUGCUGGGGAAAACAAAAUUUAAAAAAAGAGCAGAUGAAUUUUUUUUUAACCAAAAAGCUCCAUUUCAUAAAACAAUGGUGAAGUGUGGAUGCUUGAGAGCAUACACAUUCCUAAGUAGAGAUCUGUGAAUUAGCUGAUCAGUCCCAUGGAAACCCUCCCUUCAGUGCAGGGAUUUUUGUUCAUUUUUUCACUUGUUUUGCAACAGCCUCGCUCAUGUUCCAGGUGUAGCUAGCAAACCCGUGUUUGAAGCAAGAGCCUUGUUUGAUUCGGUGUGGCUGUUUCCUGUCUGUCCUUGGUGACAGGGCCUUUUACAUGAGUGCUUUUUCUUUUUGUAUGUGUCAUGUGUUGUAUUAAAUAAAGAGGAAUGUACAUAUUA